AUGACCGGAUAUCGAGAAAUCCCGAAGCAAACGUCGCGAUCCGAGGAUCGACAACGAUAUUCCGCUGAUUCGUUCUCCUCGGCUUCUACCACCAGCUUAAUUUUUGCGCGCAUCGGUGAAAGAGUUAUGGCAAAGGACGCAGAAGCUGUGAAUGAAAAUACGGGAGCGCAUAGUAAGGCGUCCCUCCAAAAUUUGCCGACCUCAGCCCAUUAUCAUGGACGAAUGGACGAAGAAUAUGCCUACCAAUUUGAUAGCGUUCAAGAUGAAGAUCAAAAAAUUGAGACUAGCAAUCUAUGGAAGAGCUCCACCAGCAUGUCAGAUAACAAGCUGCGGCGCUUAAUGUGGACCAUUAGCGUAUUACUUGUUGGUGCUUGGUUAUUUGCAUUAAUUAACUUCCUUGCACAACGCCACACUUUCCAGGAAUCUUUGGUAGCAUCAGAUGGGUCGCCGCGUCGUGAAUUUCAACAUAGUACGUCGAAUCUAAAACUCGAUCAAAUCCUAAAUGGAACAUGGCAAGUCAAAAAGCAUGAUAUCAGCUGGUUUCAAGGAGUAGACAACGAAGAUGGGCUUUUGAUUGAGCAAGAUGCUCCUGGUAAAGCGUAUCUCGUCGUGGAAGAUAUCAGAAAUGAUAACGAAAACUCUCAAGACGCUAUGGCUUCCAAGAUUCUUAUCAGCUCUAACAAUUUCACAGUAGAGGGCAAAACCCUAUUUCCUAAAUAUGUCUUUCCUAGUAAAGACUUGAAGAAAGUGCUUAUCGCCACUAAUGUCAAGCAAAAUUGGAGACACUCCUUCUCUGCUAAUUACUGGAUUUUUGACGUUGAGACCCAGACUGCUCAAGCGCUUGAUCUUUCACAACCAGGAAGCCGGAUUCAGCUGGCAAGUUGGAGCCCCCAGAGUGAUGCAAUCGUGUUUACGCGAAAUAACAACCUUUUUCUACGAAAAUUGUCUUCCGAUACCGUGAUACAAAUAACACAAGACGGUGGUACAAACCUAUUCUAUGGUGUACCGGAUUGGGUAUACGAAGAAGAGGUAUUCGAAGGGAAUAGUGCGACUUGGUGGGCUGAGGACGGGAAAUAUAUAGCAUUUCUACGCACAAACGAAUCAAAAGUCCCUGAAUAUCCAAUCCAAUACUUUGUUUCAAAGCCUAGCGGGAAGCAGGUACCUCCGAAUGAAAGUAACUAUCCUGAAGUCAGAGAGAUUAAGUAUCCCAAGGCUGGUGCUCCUAAUCCCAUUGUUGACGUAAGGUUCUACGACGUUGCGAAGGGUGAUGUAUUUGAAGUUAGUGUUGAAGGCUCAUUUAAUCUGGAUGAUCUACUCAUUACCGAGAUUAUAUGGGCUGGAAUGAGUGGAAAAGUACUCAUCCGCGAACUGAACAGGGAUAGUGAUAUAAUGCGGGUAGUUCUAAUCGAUGUGAUCGAAAGGACCGGAAAGACUGUGAGAUUACUGGACCAAAAACAAAAAGACGGAGGUUGGCUUGAAAUUUCAAAGAACACCAAAUUUGUACCUGCAGACCCUCUUCGUGGCCGACCCGAGCAUGGUUAUAUUGAAACUGUCAUUCAUAAUAAUUAUGACCACAUCGGAUAUUUUACACCAUUGGACAACCCUACGCCUAUUAUGCUGACUUCUGGGGAUUGGGAAGUUGUAGAUGCCCCAUCUGCCGUGGAUCUGGAAAAUAACUUAGUGUACUUCAUUGGGACCAAAGAGUCGUCAAUUCAACGUCAUAUCUAUAGUGUCACACUGAACGGAAGUGACCUCAAACCACUUACUGAUAUAACCCAAGAUGGCUACUACGAUGUCUCAUUUUCAAGUAAGGCCGGAUACCUCUUAUUAGGAUACGAUGGUCCCAACAUUCCCUGGCAGAAAGUGAUAAGCACACCAAGCAACAAAAUAAAGUAUGAGAGAGUGAUUGAAGAAAAUUUAAGGCUUUCAGACUUAGCAAAGAUGUAUGAGCUACCUGUUGAUAUUUACUCGACCGUAAAUAUCGAUGGUAUCGAUUUAAACGUGGUAGAACGAAGGCCAGCCGGAUUUGACGCAAGUAAGAAGUAUCCCGUUUUAUUUUACUUAUAUGGUGGCCCCGGAUCACAAACAGUGUCAAAAAAAUUUAGCAUAGACUUUCAGGCUUACAUUGCUGCCAGUCUGGGAUAUAUUGUCGUUACGGUGGACGGACGUGGGACUGGUUUCAUCGGGCGCAAGGCUCGAACGAUUGUACGCGAUAACUUGGGCUUCUAUGAAGCUCAUGACCAAAUUGAGACUGCUAAGCUCUGGGCUCAGAAAGAAUAUGUUGAUCCUUCUAAGAUGGCUGUCUGGGGAUGGUCGUAUGGCGGAUUUUUGACGCUUAAAACUCUCGAACAGGAUUCUGGUCAAACGUUUUCUUACGGAAUGGCGGUAGCACCGGUUACGGAUUGGAGAUAUUACGACUCUAUCUACACCGAACGAUAUAUGCAUACACCUCAACGUAACCUAGAAGGCUACAAAAACUCUAGCAUCAGCAAUGUGACGGCUCUUCAGAAGAACGUGCGCUUUCUUAUCUUACAUGGCGUCGCUGACGAUAAUGUGCAUCUCCAAAAUACAAUGAUACUCUUAGACAAGCUCGAUCUAGCUGGUGUUGAAAACUACGAUAUGCAUGUGUUUCCGGACAGCGACCACAGCAUUUUAUUUCAUAAUGCUAACCGGAUGGUCUAUCAUAAGUUGAAUAACUGGCUCAUCAACGCUUUUAACGGAGAGUGGCUUAGAACACCAAAUGCAGUCCCAAUAUCGCAGCAAUUCCUGAAAUAG